CACCUUUUGUUUUUCUGAAGAAAAACCCAAAGAUAGAUAAAAGAUCACAUAUUCACCCAAAACUCUAAAGAUAAUAGAAAAUUGGGAAUAUAGAUACCUGAAAAGGAGGAAAAAGAAGAAAGGAGAAUAAAUGAGAGCUGGAUUAAGCACGAUUCAACAGACCCUCACGCCGGAGGCGGCCAGCGUGUUAAACCAUUCGAUAGCCGAAGCAAGCCGUCGGAAUCACGGCCAAACGACGCCUCUCCAUGUGGCGGCGACGCUCCUUGCGUCUCCCUCUGGAUUCCUUCGCCAAGCAUGUAUCAAAUCCCACCCCAAUUCUUCUCAUCCUUUGCAGUGUCGAGCUUUGGAGCUUUGCUUCAGCGUCGCGUUGGAGCGUCUCCCCGCUGCUCAAAGCUCCAAUUGCGGUGGCAGCCCGGGGCUCGAUCCACCAAUUUCCAAUGCCUUGAUGGCCGCCCUUAAACGUGCUCAAGCCCAUCAGCGCCGUGGAUGUCCCGAGCAACAACAGCAACCGCUUUUGGCUGUUAAGGUGGAAUUGGAACAAUUAAUAAUCUCGAUUCUUGAUGAUCCAAGUGUUAGUAGAGUCAUGCGCGAGGCCAGUUUUUCGAGCCCAGCUGUUAAAGCAACAAUUGAACAAUCACUGAGCUCCACGACUUCAAACUCAGCCAACAAUGCCGGUCCAAUCGGAUUAGGAUUCAGACCAGUCGUAGCUCCUGUUUCCGCCGUUGCCUCGCCUCCCCCCAAUCGAAACUUGUACUUGAAUCCGAGAUUGCAACAAGGGGCAUCCGGGCAGCAAAGAAGUGAAGAAGCGAAGCGUGUAAUUGAUAUUCUGACGAGGAGUAAGAAGAUGAACCCGGUUCUGGUCGGUGAUUCGGAACCGGAAGCGAUUGUUAAGGAGAUUUUGAGGAAGAUUGAGAGUGAGGAAAUGGAUGGGGUUUUGAGAAACGUUGAGGUGGUACGUGUGGAGAAAGAUUUCGCAUUGGACAAAACCCAAAUGGUUGCAAAAAUCAAGGAGUUGGGCACUAAAGUCGGAGCAAUGAUUGGGAACUUGGAUUGUGGAGGGGUGAUUCUUGAUUUGGGUGACUUGAAGUGGUUAGUGGAGAACAAUCAAGCAGUCGGUCUUUCCGAUGGGGUUCAACAGCAGCAGCAGGCUAUAUCGGAAGCCGGACGCGCAACAGUGGUUGAGAUGAGGAAGCUGUUGGGGAGAUUUGGAGAAGGGAGUGCCAGAGUUUGGUUGAUUGGAACUGCUACUUGUGAAACUUAUUUGAGAUGUCAAGUUUAUCAUCCUUCAAUGGAGAAUGACUGGGAUCUGCAGGCUGUUCCUAUCGCUGCCAAAGCUCCCUCACCUGGAAUGAUUUCCAGGCUUGGGAGCAAUGGGCUACUUGGCCGCUCUGUUGAGUCCCUUUCCCCGUUGAAGGGGCUUGCAGCUACAACUGCAAAACCUAGGCAACACUCUGAGAAUUCCGACCCUGCUCGGAAAACUGGGUGCUGCCCACAAUGCAUGGAGAAUUAUAAACAAGAUCUUGCAAAACUUUUAGCAGCCAAGGAGUUUGAGCAACACUCCUCUGAUAUUAGGUCAGACUCAACUUGCCCAGCAUUGCCGCAGUGGUUACAGAAUGCCAAGGCCCAUGAUAGUGAUGUCAAAACAAUAGAUCAGACGCAGAGUAAGGAUCAAGAGGUGAUCUGGAUUCAGAAGACUCAAGAAUUGCAAAAGAAAUGGAAUGAUACAUGCUUGCAUCUCCAUCCAAAGUUUCAUCGGCCUAGUCUAGGCUCUGAGAGAUUCGCUCCUGCUGCUAUCUCGGUGACAACUUUAUACAAUUCAAGUCUUCUAGGACACCAAUCUUUCCAACCCAAAUUACCAUUGAGCAAAAACAUUGAGGAGACACUGCAACUAAACCGACAUCUAGUAGCUAGCGAACCGGUGGAACGGACAAGUAGCCCACCUGGAAGCCCUGUAAAGACAGACCUAGUUCUUGGACGACCAAAGAUCAUUGAGACCACACCUGAAAGAACCAAUAAAGAGCAUCUGCUGGACUUUUUGGGCGGUAUACCUUCUGAACCACAGAACAAGUUGCAAGAUUCGCAAAGCAACAAAUUGUUGAACACGUUAGAUGUUGAGUCCUUCAAGAAACUCCUUAAGGGUCUAAUAGAGAAGGUGUGGUGGCAGCGGGAUGCAGCAUCUGCAGUGGCCACAACAGUGACACAGUGUAAAGUAGGCAAUGGAAAAUGGAGGGGUACCGGUUCAAAGGGCGACAUUUGGCUAUUGUUUUCUGGCCCUGACAGGGUUGGGAAGAAGAAGAUGGCAUUGGCCCUCUCAGAUCAAGUAUGUGGGGUUCAUCCAUUUGUGAUAUGUCUUGGUUCAAGACGUGAUGAUGGGGAAUCCAAUGUGAAUUUCCGUGGUAAAACUGUGGUGGAUAAAAUAGCGGAGGCAGUUAGGAGAAACCCCUUCUCUGUAGUAAUGCUUGAAGAUUUUGAUGAAGCGGAUAUGCUAGUUAGAGGCAGCAUAAAACGAGCAAUGGAGAGAGGUCGACUUGCUGAUUCUCAUGGUCGUGAGAUCAGUCUAGGAAAUGUUAUAUUUAUCCUCACUGCUAAUUGGAUGCCAGGUAAUCUUAAUUUCACAUCUAAUGGCAUUUCCCUGGUUGAAAAGAAGCUUGCCUGUUUAGCAAGCGGAGGUUGGCAAUUAAGGUUAUCCCUUAGUGAGAAAACUGCAAAGCGCCGAGCCAGUUGGCUCCAUGAGGAGGACAGAGCAACUAAGCCAAGGAAGGAAUCUGGUUCUCUAUUGUUUGAUCUUAAUGAGGCUGCUGAUGCGGAGGAUGAUAAAGCAGCGGAUGGAUCACACAAUUCCAGUGAUCUCACAGUUGAUCAUGAUGAAGAACAAGGCCCGACAAAUAGGCUGUUAUCCAACUCAACAUCAUCAUCAAUAUCCCAUGAGCUGCUAAAUUUUGUCGAUGAGGCCAUUGUCUUUAAACCUGUCGAUUUUGGUCCCAUCAGACGCGAUAUAUCCAGCUUGAUAACGAAAAAGUUUUACAGCAUCAUUGGCAACAGGGUGACAAUUGAAAUUGUAGAUGAAGCUCUGGACAAGAUUACAAGUGGGGUAUGGAUAGGCCGAACUGGAUUAGAAGAAUGGACGGAGAAAGCAUUGGUCCCGAGUUUACGACAGCUGAAAACACGAUUGCCCACAUCAGAGGAGUCUCUAGUCAUUCGACUCGAACUUGAUUCCGAAUCCUGUAAUCGAAGCAAUGGAGAUUGGCUUCCCAGUAGUGUGAAGGUAGUUGAUGAUGGGGAUACAGUUGGUAUUUUGGGAAUUGUGAUGGAUAGAGAUGUAAAUAUGGUCAACUGUUUUUGAGGAGGUAAAGAGUUGAUUAGAAGGGGGAGGAGAUGUUGAUAGAAUAAGGGUACCCUUUGUUCAAGUAAUCACAAAAUGUCUUUUUAUUAUAUUAUUUCAUUUCAUUUCA